AUGGUGAUAGAAAGUACAUUUGAGAAAAGAUGUCAGAAUGUUGAACCUCCACAAGAGUUAUCAUUUAUGACAGCCAGCAUUUCAACUAUUUUCAUGCUUACCAAUAUCCCUGGCAAUAUUCUUAUUUUCUUGGCUGUUGUACUUGAUCCAAACAAAAACUUACGAACUCCAUUUAACUGGUUAAUUAUCAAUCUAUCAGCGGCCGAUUUAAUUGUUGGCAUCAUCGCUGAACCUUUCUUUGUAUAUUUUCAUAUCAAAGAAGGACUCGGGAAAAAAGAAGUUCUUGAAGAACGUUAUGCGGGUGGAAUAUUUUACUUCAUCUCAUGCACUGCUUCGAUCCUCAGUCUUACAAGUUUGGCAGUUGAACGAUAUCUCGCUGUGAGAAGGCCAAGUACCUACCGAAGCUCCGCACCGGCUCGGGGACUAAUGAUUUGGUUGAUUUCGGCAAGCUUACCCAACAUUUAUCUGCUUGUUGGUUUCGGUGCAUACGCAUUUAUAUUUGCCAACACAUCACUCCUAGUUGCUGUUAUAAUUAUUUGUAUAACAUACACUUUAAUGAAAAAAAAAUUGAGAUCCCGCUCUUUAAAGAGAAAAGCAACCCCUUUCGCGUCAAAUGACGGAAAUGAAAUCUCACAAAUCGACGAUUUCUCAACUUUUAAUACAAAUUGUAUUGCGGCAAAGAAGCAACUCCUAGAAGACAAAAUCACCGAAAUGUUUUUGAUCGUUCUUAUUGCUCUCCUGUGCUGUUAUGGUCCCUCAACUGCAAUGAUAUAUUUUGCAAAUUUCUGUGAAGAUUGCAGUUGUAAAAUCCUUCAUUGGUUCUGUGAUAUUCAUAUUCUGUUUGCUCUCAUGAAUUCAUCUGUUAACUUUUUCUGCUAUGCUUUAAGGUCUUCCAGAUUCAGAAGUGCUUUUGCUAAAUUGCUACGAAUAAAUCAUCAACCUGAUGAUGGACAUCGCAAAAAUUAA